CCCAGCCCCGGUUCUUCAGGCAGCUGGAGGGGUCGCCGCGCCUGUUGGGGCCGCAGCUCGGAUCAGGGCCACCUCCACAGCCAUGUCGGGUCGCUCGGUGCCACACGCCCACCCGGCCACCGCCGAGUACGAAUUUGCCAACCCCAGCCGCCUGGGCGAGCAGCGCUUCGGGGAAGGUCUCCUGCCAGAAGAGAUCCUGACCCCCACCCUCUACCAUGGCUACUAUGUCCGGCCACGGGCCACCCAAGCUGGGGAGGGCAGCAGGGCGGGGGCUUCGGAGCUUAGGCUCAGUGAGGGCAAAUUCCAGGCAUUUCUGGACGUGAGCCACUUCACCCCAGAUGAAGUGACCGUGAGAACCGUGGACAACCUCCUGGAGGUGUCCGCUCGGCACCCCCAGCGCCUGGACCGCCACGGCUUCGUGUCCCGAGAGUUCUGCCGCACCUACGUCCUGCCUGCAGAUGUCGACCCCUGGCGCGUCAGUGCCGCCCUCUCCCACGAUGGCAUCCUGAACCUGGAGGCGCCUCGAGGUGGGCGACAUUUGGACACAGAGGUCAACGAAGUCUACAUCUCCCUGCUCCCCGCACCUCCGGAUCCAGUCGAAGAGGAGGAGGCCAUCAGAGUUGACCCCUGAUCGCCACAGACCCAGCACCCAGAAAAUCCCUCUCUACUUCCUAAAGCGUGGUGUGGGCCUCUGCCCACCGCCCGGCGGUAGCAGUGUCUUCCUAGUGGGGGAGGGAGAAGCACCUGGUCCAGAGUGUAUCGUUUGGUUCCUUGGGACAUGUCCUGUAGCCUUUGGCUUAGUUCUGGGUAGAGCUGAAUAAACCCGUCUCAGGGCUG